UCCAAUCCGUUGUUGUAAGCCCAAAGGAAAUCCGCCGAAAUACUCACCAAGAUGUUCAAAGCCAGAAUCGUUUGCCUGCUCCUCGCCCUCUGCCUUUUGGCCAUGUUCUUUGCGGGAUCUGAGGCGCUGCCACGCCCACAGGAGGGUCGGGAGGAGGGCGGCGAUCAGGAGGUGAAUGUGGAGGCUGAGGAGAAGGAUCUGGAGGGGGCAGCAUCCUUUGGAUACGGAUACUACUCAUCGCCCUACUUGGGUGGCUACUACGGCGGCGGAUAUUGGCCGCAUUACAGCGGCAGUUACUACGGCAUUGGUUAUCCCUACUAUGGAGGUUACUACGGACUGCAUCAUCACCAUGGACACUAUGGACACUACUACUAGAAGGGGUCCAUAACCCAUCCAGAUAUAAAUACAUUUUCAGCCUCAGUAGAACUCUAUCAGCACCAGACAUCUGCCAGCACUAGAAAAAAUAGUAGAGUUAGUAAUAGAAGCAGACAAAGAUAGCGUUAAUAGCCAGCACUAGCCUCAAUAGCCAGACGAUGCGUUCUUGACCGCAUAGCGACCAGAUUA